AUGAUGGAUGAGGAGAUGCGUCGAUUCCCGCCGCAUCGCGAGCGUGAGCCACAUCACUAUGAGAAUGGCAUGGGCGAGCCCCACAUUGGUGGUGGUGGUGGCCGCGAUGCGGAUGACUAUGGUGGUGGUGGUGGUGUUGGCAUCGGCGGGCAUGGCGAAGGUCAGAAACAUCAGGGAGACGAUUUUGACAAUUAUCAACCUGGACAUGAUCAUGGAGAUUUCCGUGGUGGUGAUGAAUUUCGAGGAGAUGAUUACCGCGGUGGCGAUGAAUAUCACGGCGAUGAUUUUCGCGGUGCUUAUCGUGGACGUGGUGGAUUUCGUGGUGCCAGCGGUGGUGGUGUAUCACCAUAUGGUGGAUAUGGACCACAAAAUAUGGGCUGGCGUGCACGCGGUCCUGGAAAUUGGCGUGGUGGCCGAGGUGCAUUUGGCGGCCCGCCAAGAGCCCCCUAUGGAAGUGGCGAUGUUGACGAUGCGCAUGGAUUUGAUCGACCACGAGGUGAGCAUGGGCUAACAACAAUCAGCAAGGGAGUUUUGAGCUCCUUAAUUUAA